CUCCGACACAACUACUCCGCACCCAUUGAUACCCCUAUAAACAUUACAAGAUGGCCGACGAGGAGGAGCGCAUUAAGGCUGAGAAGCUUGCCGCUGCCAAGAAAAGGGUAGCCCAGCUCCAGAAGCAAAAGAAGAAGGCCAGCAAGAAGGCUUCAGCCGCUACAGAUACACCCAAAGAUGCCGAGACUCCCAAAGAAGUUGAAGCUUCGCCAGAGGCUGCGGCUACCACAGAGACUACCCCUCCAGUAGAUACCCCCGCCGAGGAGAAUCCACAAGAGACCACGCCAGCAGACACCACGACAGCAGAGACCACGGCCACGGAACAACCAGCAGAGCCAGAACCAGAGCCGGCAUCGCAUGAAAAGUCAACUGAAUUAUCAGAACCUGCCGAGUCCCCUGUCGAGCCCAUGCCCCCCGCCCCCACCUCGCCUGGUCCAGAGACCGAGUCGCAGCCUGCACGUCUGGAUACCCCUCGCGCCGGGCACGGCCGCCAACCGUCCCUGUCGAUCCAGUCGAAGAUGCGCUCGUCGUCAUUCCGAAAGACUUCCAUAUCCCAGGGUAGCGCCCCAUCUCCAUCGGCUCUUAAAACCUCACCACAACCUCUACCUCCGUUGACAGGGGACGGGGACUCCGUCCACGAAGUGUUCCGGAAGCAGUCAACGAAGAUUGAGGAAUUGGAGAGGGAUAAUAAGAGACUGGAGAAGGAGCUUUCCGAUGCGACGACUCGCUGGCGCAAGACGGAGGACCAGUUGGAGGAUUUGCGGGAGGCUAGUGUGGAUGGGGCGGAGUUGAGGGAGCGAUUGAAGCAGGCUGAGGAGAAGGUGGCUAGUAUUGAGGCUUUGAACGAGGAGAUUGCCUCUCUACAACGGCAAAACUCACAGCUCCAGUCCAGGUCACACCGCAAUAAUGCUAGUGCUUCCGUGCCUGGGACGUCAAAAUCACCACCAGCAGAUCUUGUCUGCCAAUUAGAGUCCAAAUCCGCCACUAUUGAGGCUAUGGAACUAGAGAUCUCGAACCUGCGCGCCCAGGUGACGUUGCAGCAAUCUUCGAACAGCGCGCAUGAGGCCCAGGUGACUGCCCUUGAAGAGAAGCUAUCGGAGAGCCAGGCCGCUAUUGAGAAGUUACAGCGUGAACUCAAUGACACAAAACAAGCCCUUACCCGCGCAUCAGAGAAAGCCGUCAAGGAAGGCGUGGACAAGACAUCUACCGAAACCCUGAUCAAAUCGCUGCAGCGCGAAGUGGAAGAGCUAAAGAAUGAAAAGGUUGAAGGAGAAAAGAAGAUCGAGACUCUGGACAAGAAACUCGUGGCACUGAGCAACCUGCACAAAGAAUCAGAAUCUCGGCACCAAACCCGGCUGCGCGAGAGCGAAAAGGCAGAGAAAGAAACCGCAGUGCUACGGAAGAAGCUCGCCAGCAUUGAAAAUGAGAACCUUCGACUUCGCGAAGAGCGUGAUCGCACGCGCAAGCGUGAUGCCGGUGGCACAGAUGACGAGGCCCUCGACGAACUUGAAGAUGAAGAGCGCCAGCGUCUUGAGCGCCGUAUUCGCGAAUUGGAAGGCGAGAACUUUGAUCUGCGUCGUGGUGUUUGGCAAGACAAGCGCUCGGAGUUGGCUGGCCAGCAAUAUCCUGACGAGGGACCCGAGUCUGGAGGCGAUGCUGCGGCAAACGCCUUUGACGAUGUCGAUCUAGUCGGUGGUCGACCCGAUCACGCCCGCCGGAGAAGUAUGGCACUGCAACAGCAGCACUCGUCCCUGUCCGAUGUGUUGUCUAGUGGCUUUGCCGCUUUCACGGGUGGGAACCGUGCUCGCGCCGGUUCAUCGAACCCACCGCACCCCGCCACCCGCGGUAGUCUCGAGCUCCUGUCCGAAGAAAACCUGGAAGAUGAAUUCGACGAGGCAGAGUUUGCGCGUGCCCAAGCCGAGGAAGAGGCACGCAAGCGGGUGGAGUGGGUGCGUGAGAUUAAGCGUAAGCUUCGGGACUGGCAGGGCUGGCGUCUGGACCUGGUUGAUAGCCGGGCCGGGGCUGAGGGUCCUGGUUUGGCUUUGGGACAGAUCUUUGAGGUUUGAGGCUUCGUUGUGUAUUGUGUAGUCUGUGUCUUUCAUGGAACGGGUGGGUAUGAAGUAUGGGUUGACAGGGUGGAGGCGUAUUCAUGUUAUAUAUACCACGAAUUAUUUUAUCAAUACAACCUUUUGGCAGGGAUCUAUAUAGGUUGGCCUUGUCUAUGCUGCUUCACCAGAGACAUGAUCUCAUAUAUUGGUACAAUAGACCGAGCAAACCUCAAGAUGGUGCUCUGUUCUCAUGACAAUGAUAACAAACUCGCAAUCGGCAUACGCAGACAGUAGUUCUACUCAACAGGAAAGACGAAUGCAAUGAAUUCCUAUACUCAGUACAAUGCAAUAGAAGUAAGAGAAAAAAAGACAUCAAAAUUCAAACAAAUCCAAAAGAUAGAACUCCUAUCAAUCCGAAUAAUGCUUCCCCGUCAAAACACCCUCAGUCUGCCUCCUCCUUCUCCCCAAAAUCUCACCCACCCAACCGGAAAUCUGAUAAAGCCAACCUCCAGUAACGAGCACCCCAGAAACAGUAUUGAUCAACCGAAUCAUCAAAUUCAAGAACCCCGUCCGCUCCUCGCUGACCAGCAACAAGAUCGGCUCAAUGUUAUACUUGAAAAAGAUACCCGGAACCAGGUAAGGGGAUUCGGGGAUUGGACCGGACUGGCUGGUUGCCGCGUACUGGUUUGUGAAGACUGCAUUACGGGUUUGGCGGACUUCGAGGGAGGAAGGGUUGAGGGUGUAGGCGUUGAAGGCGGAGCGGCCUUUUGUGUAGAGGGUUGGGACGACGGAGAGGAAGUAUUGGAAUUUGUGGUAAUGGAUCUCGCUUUCGGCGAUGGUUUUGUCGAGGGGGUUUUGGAGGCUUGGGUAAUGUGGGCCGAAGGAGAGCUCAGUGAUCAUGUGGGAGAAGUUGAAUGCUGAAGUAUGAAUGUUAGUGGAAAACCGAAUAGAUGGGUAAGGUAGAUGGAGAGUAGAUCCAGGCAGAUCCCGUCAACAUAUUCGGAGCAAUUGAACACAUCCGCAGUAUGAUCUGCUAGAAAGGAACGGGGAAAGAACUCACUCUCAUGCGACAAAUGCUCCCCCAAUUCCCGAUAUCCGUGUCCACGCGCCGUGAUAUGGAAAUCCCCUUGCACCUUGUUCCCCUCCAAACUCCCAUAAAUCCGACAAGCAUCCGACUUCUCCCCCCAUCGCAUCCGAGGGCCCUUCGCGAACUUGCGCCUCGGAUUGCGCCGCACUUCACCCAUAACAUGGUGUACAUGUGCAUCCUCCUCCUGCGCGCUCAACCGAUCAGCCUCCUCAUGGCUGAGCGUCUGGUACUCGUGCGAUCCGUAGUUGCGCUUCUGCAUCCACAGAUUCCACGAGGUUUCUUCGCGCUGGAGGAGUUCGCCUGCGAGGAUGCGGUCGCCGGCGGCGUCUUGGAUGUUGACGCGUAGGGUGUCGCAAGGCAUGUGGACGACUAUGUCGAGGUUGAGCUGGAGUUGGUGUGAGACACCCUUUUCCACACUGAAAUUAUGUUGUUCUGUGCCGUGCCACCAGGUCUUGAGCUCGUAGAAGCUGAAGAGCGUGCAGAUGGCGAGAAUUAGAACGGUCCAUUGGCCGCCGCGGGUGGUGGGUGUUGUAUAGGAUGCUUUGGUUUUAGCUGCGAG